CUUGUUUGCCAGGCUUCCAGGCCAUCCAUCCUGCACCCAUUUUUGUUUUCUCCUUUACUCGGCUGCAAAAAAAAAUUACACCCCAGUCAAAAUGGAGGCCAUCAAAAAGAAGAUGCUUAUGCUAAAGUUGGACAAGGAGAAUGCACUUGACCAGGCCGAACAAGCUGAAGCAGACAAGAAAGCAGCUGAAGACAGGAGCAAGCAGCAUGAAGACGAACUUCUGCAAAUGCAAAAGAAGCUGAAGGGGACAGAGGAUGAGCUUGACAAAUACUCUGAGGCCCUAAAGGAUGCUCAGGAGAAACUUGAGGUUGCUGAUAAGAAGGCUGCUGAUGCUGAAGCAGAGGUAGCUUCCCUGAACAGACGCAUCCAGCUUGUGGAGGAGGAGUUGGAUCGAGCUCAGGAGAGACUGGCAACAGCUCUGCAGAAACUGGAAGAGGCUGAAAAGGCUGCUGAUGAAAGCGAGAGAGGUAUGAAGGUGAUUGAAAACAGGGCUCUAAAGGAUGAGGAGAAGAUGGAGCUCCAGGAGAUUCAGCUGAAGGAGGCCAAACACAUCGCAGAGGAGGCUGACCGCAAAUAUGAGGAGGUAGCUCGUAAGCUGGUGAUUGUAGAAGGAGAACUGGAACGCACAGAGGAGAGAGCAGAGUUGGCUGAGGCUAAAUGUGCUGAACUGGAAGAGGAACUGAAGAAUGUCACCAAUAACCUCAAAUCUCUUGAGGCUCAGGCUGAGAAGUAUUCUCAAAAGGAAGACAAGUAUGAAGAAGAAAUCAAGAUCCUGACUGACAAGCUGAAAGAGGCUGAGACCAGAGCUGAGUUUGCUGAGAGAUCUGUAGCCAAGUUGGAGAAGACUAUUGAUGAUCUGGAAGAUGAGCUUUAUGCACAAAAACUCAAGUACAAAGCCAUCAGUGAGGAACUUGACCACGCACUCAAUGACAUGACAUCGAUCUAAACAUCCAGAAGCUCCACCAUGCUGUCAGCUUGUGACCUUCUACCGCGGAACAUCAGCUCUUGGCUUUGGGUCUAAGCUUGCAGCUUGUCUCUGCUCAUCCUAAAGACAUUGUUCAUUGUUUGAUUUCUGUUUAAGGAUGUUUUCUCUCUUUUCUUCAUACUUCAUUGUACUUGUGUAUCAAUUCUUUGCUGUACCACCUUAAACAAGAAAGGAAAGUACUUCCUGAGUCAGUAAA